CACCGAUCACGGAAAGAGCCGAAGAUGUCAGCUCGGUCAUGUGAUCAGCUGUGUCCAAUCACAGCUGCUCACAUGGGACAUGUACACUGAUCAUCAGGGCACUGAUGAUCAGUGUGCCCUGAUGAUCAGUGUAGCCCCAGCAGUGCCACCUGUCAAAGUCCAUCAGUGCCAGCUCUCAGUGCCACGUGCCAGUGCCUAUCAGUGCCACAUAUCAGUGCCCAUCUGAGCUGCCUUUCAGUGUCAUCCAUAAGUGCCAGUCAGUGCCACCUAUCAAUGCCAAUCAGUGCCACCUAUCAGUGCUGCCAAUCAGUGCCACCUAUCAGUGCCAGUCAGUGCCACCAAUCAGUGCCAGUCAGUGCCGCCUAUCAAUGUGCAUCAGUGCCACCUAUCAGUGCCAGUCAGUGCCGCCUAACAGUGCCAGUCAGUGCCGCCUAUCAGUGCCAGUCAGUGCCGCCUAACAGUGCCAUAUAUCAGUGCCAUAUAUUAGUGCAAUCUAUCAGUGCUGCCUUUCAGUGCCCAUCAGUGAUGCCUGGCAAUGCCCAUCAGUGCCACCUACCAGUGCCUCCUCAUAAGUGCCCAUCAGUG